CGAAUCGGCUACUCGCUCGUCUCUGGGCAUCUCUCUCUCUCUCUCUCUCUGUCUCACGGAGUCUCAAGAGCACAAGCAAGCCAUAGCAUCGAUGGCGGAAGUAGAGAAAGCAACCGCCGCGAGGGUCCAAGCCAUCGCCCGGUCCAACCCGCCCCAAGUCCCUCCCCAAUACAUCCAACCCCCUCAAACCCGACCCUUUUGCUCCUCGCCCUCUCCCUCUCCCUCUCCCUCUCCCGCUCGGGCCGCCGCCAGGAUUCCCGCGAUCGACCUGUCCGGACUCGAUCCGACCCACCGGGACCGGGUCCGGGCCGAGAUCGGGCGGGCUUGCAGGGAUUGGGGGGCCUUCCACGUCACCAACCACGGAGUCCCCAGCUGGCUCCUCGACCGCGCCCGCGCCGUGGGCUCGUCCUUCUUCGGGGAUGUCCCCAUGGACGAGAAGCUCGCGUACGCUUGUGACCCGAGCUCGUCCGCGACGGAGGGGUACGGAAGCCGGAUGCUCGAGAACGACGACUCGGUGCUGGACUGGAGGGACUACUUCGAUCACCACACUCUGCCUCUCUCUCGUCGCGACCCCUCUCGCUGGCCCAGUUCGCCUCCUGAUUACAGACAAGUUAUGGCUGAGUACAGUGAUCGAAUGGGAUUGCUGGCGAAGCAGCUACUGGGCCUAAUUUCAGAGAGUUUGGGAUUGCCAACUUCGUGCAUCGAGCGUUGGGUGGGGGAGUUCUACCAGAACAUCACAAUUAGCUAUUACCCUCCAUGCCCGCAACCAGACGUGACUCUUGGUCUGCAAGCGCACUCUGAUAUGGGCGCAAUCACCCUUUUGAUCCAGGAUGAUGUUGGGGGACUUCAGGUUUUGAAGGACAGGGAAUGGAUCACAGUUGAGCCGUUGUCAAAUGCCAUUGUUGUCCUUUUGGCUGAUCAAACUGAGAUUAUGACCAAUGGAAUCUAUAGGAGUGCAGAACAUCGGGCAAUAACAAAUGCGAGCAGGGCACGGCUUUCAAUUGCAACAUUUCAUGAUCCUUCGAAGGCAAGGAAGAUAUCCCCUGUUUCCGAGCUGGUGAGCGACUCUUCCCCUCGAUAUCGCGAAGUUGUGUAUGGGGACUAUGUGUCUUCAUGGUAUACGAAGGGACCAGAGGGGAAACGGAAUGUUGAUGCCCUUCUGCUAUAAGUCUUGGCUUACGGAAGAUCCCCAAUAAUAACCAGAUGAGUGAAUAAAAGGAAAAGAGGGUAUAGAGAAGGCCACCAACUUGGUCACUGCUUUCGUCCUAUAUGUCCACAAGCAGCUUUCAGAAAUGGAACUGUUGACCAAGCGGACAGGAACAGUGAUGAAAACAAUAUGCAUCGCUCCUCUUGGAGGUUUGCUUCGUUCUUGGUUUUUAAAUUCUUGUUAAAACAAGUAAAGUCGAUUGACUAGCCACCUUCUGAAAACACACGUUCUACUCAAUGGUACUCACAGAUGACAAUUCUAUUUCAGUUAUAAAUUCAAGUUAUUGUGGACAAACAAUGAACUUCUUUGGCAUGUGCCAUUGUAAUUAGCUUAGGUGGUAUGGUCAAUAUAUAUUGUCAAAUUUUACGAAUGAUCUGAUUCCAUUUUUUCUUUGGUUGAUAUGUGAAAUCAUUAAGCUGA